AAAUUGGAGAGGGCUGAAGCCCCGCCUUCUGAACCUGAUUCGCCAGAAGUGGCUCCUCCCCCACCCCCACCACCCCCACCUCCUCUGCCACUGCCAGCAUCUUCCGCCCCCAUGGAUCCCCUUUUGGUGAUCAAGCAAAGGAAGGGGAUGCGGCAGCAGAAACCCAGCGAACCUGCUACCGAUGACGUCAAAGCUCGAGCAGUGGAGGAAAUGAUGGCCAGGAUCAAGAGCGGGGUUGCCCUGAGACCAGCAAAGAAGGACAGGGCUGCGUUGUCCCAGGAUCGCUCAACAGCAGCCAGCAAACGCAAGAGCACCGUGCUGGAGCUGCAAGGGAUCCUGGGCACGAUGAAAAGUCCGGUCAGAAAACAGAGCUGGCGUAAACACAGCCAAAAGAUCAACGACAACCAGCUGCAGUCCAUCCUGCAGAGACGGCGCAGGAUGGUGGACUCCUCCACUCCCGCCCAGCCCUCGCCGCUGCGGGCUGAGCUCAGAAAAGAGGUGCAGAAUCAAGGUGACAGUGAGAUUUGCAAAGCUGUGCCCAGCCCAUGCGCCGAGGAGAAUGUAGCUGUCGUCCAGUUAAGAGCGAGAUCGGUGCACCUUCAGAAAAGCAGGCGACUGGCUCUCCUGAGUGAAGCAGAGAACAAGCCAGCAUAGAGAGAGACUGCCUGAAAACCAGCUGUCCUGUUGGACCACAAUACACUGCAUGACCGCCCGGUCUCGCACCCCGCCGACGCUCCUUGCAGUACUUGCCCCACCUGUGUAUCUUUCAGGCACGCAAACAUUCAGAUCCUGAGCACCGCUUGCUUACGCAUACUAGCUUGCUCCACUUGCCUCGGUGGUUGCUGGGAAGUGCGGUCAGGAAUCUUAACACUGACAAGCUUCAUAGUGUGGUCCUAGAGUGGACUUGUCAUUGGCCAGUGGAACGGGGUUUUGUUGACAGUGGUUUGUAAAGAUCAUCCAUCCCUCCUCUUUCAAAGGCCAAACAUAAUUAAUUUCACACUCUUCCUGAGGACUGCAGAUAAAGACGGCUGCCGCUUUCGAGCCCGUUCUUUUCUAACUGAGCUGCCCUGACAAGACUAGAUCCAGCAGAACCCAUUCAGCUGCUGAGCUGAGCAUCUUGGGGGAUCUGAGUGUCCUUCUAAGAAGCCCCCCAUCUGAAAUUUGAGCUCUGUACCUUUUAACUAGACAACCUGUUAGAGAAAAGGGCUAAAGAGACCGAAAUUGAAUUUGGAUGUCCUAAGCACAGAUCACGCGGCAGUUCACAUGUUGUGGCGCUUGUCCAGCUGCCUCGAGUGGCUCGCGAGCGCGAGUCCCCGCCUCAGGGCAGACUGUGAAGAAGCAGGGCACAGACCCCAAGCUGGCUGUGAGUUCUAUGUCCACAUUUCACCAACCAAGUAUCAAGUCUGAACUCCUCAAGGACUAUGACAGCCUUAACAUGGAGUCACAGACAGUCUUCUUGGGCACUCAGGUCUAUCUUGCCACCCAGGCAAGCUUACCUUUGUGAUAGAUGGUCCCUUACACCAAAAAUCACAACGAUAUUCAGAUUACUCCCAGUCCAAAAGGACCAGUCACUUACCCCGGAUCAACUGCACCUCAGGUCCUAUGCCAAAGACAGUGCUUGUAGCCAAUCCUAUAACUAAUUAAAGAUUUAUUA